CCCUCCGCCGGGCGAGGGAAGCGGCGAUGGCGACCGGGCGGGUGCCGGGCCGGAGGGAGCGGGCGGCUGAGGGGCCGCGGGGGCGUCUGCGGGAGGCCCCCGGCGGUACGGAGGCUGCGGCGGCGCGGAGGGUCCCCGGCGCGCCUGGGUCGGCCUCCGGGCGGCGGGCGAGGGGAGGGGGCCUGGCGCAAGAUGGCGGCGGGCGGGGGCUCAGGCAGCGCCGAGGGCAGCCCGCCUCGGACAAGGCCCCGCGGGAGGGAAGGCAGAGCGGGCAGCCGAGCCCGAGCGGCGCGCGCACCCUCCGCACGCACGUCACGCCAGGGCGCUGGGCCAAUAGGAAAAGGGGAGGCGGGGGGGCGGCCUGGCCUGGCCAGGUGCAUUGUGGGAGAAUCCCUCCAUCCCUGCCCGAUGGCGACCCGGGAGCCGGGCCCAGGCAGCGGCGGGGCGGCUGCGCUUGCAGGCCCAGAGCUGGGCUGCCUCCUCGUGGAAUCCUAGGGCUGCAAGGGACCCCCAGGGUCAUCUAGUCCAACCCCCUGCAGUGCAGGAAUCGGGGCAGGAUCUGGUGACCAUGCCACCCCCCAGCCCCACAGCAGGGGGAAUGGCUGGCCUCUGUUAACGGAGAAAUCUGAGGGCUCCCUUGGACAGAAAUCAAGGACACCAGCCAGGAAUCCCAGAGCAAAACAGCAGCCAGGAGGCUUGGUCUUGAUUGAAGACUGUGGCGACAGGACUCCCACCUGCCACCAGGUGGAACAAGAUGGAAGCCCCCAACAAAAGAGAACCCAAACUUUUAUUAGCUGCUAAUCCCCAUGUUACACACCCCCAAACUACAACAGUAAGACAUCACGGUUACAUCAUGAAAGGGGAGGUCUGGUGGCAGUAAUCUGAGCAUCCUGGACCCUGCCCCAUGGUUCCCCUUGCCCUCCACCAAACACCCAUCAAGUGGAACAAAAGAGAUAUUUACAUUGCCCUGUUUCCCAGCCAAGUUAAUCCGCUCCAGCCUCAAAGGCUGCCAUGCACAAGUUUGGUCUUUGCAUCUUUGCAACCCGCAAUUCAGGGAGCGCUCUCGGACGCCUGCUUGCCUGGCUUCCUCCCCCACGGGGUGAAUUGUGGGUUGCAAACACCAAAGUUGUGCAGGGCAGCCUCCCAGAUCCUAGUCUGAUACUCUAACCACUAUACCACACACCAAUAUGAGCAACUUAAGCGCUCAGCAAUAGGAGCACCGCUUUUCUUUCUGCUUAGAUCAAACUGUACUCCAGCAUUUCUGGACAAGCAAUACUCCCUCCGGCAGCUUGUUCAGUUUUCCAUUAAAUUUUCGUGGUUAAACUGCUGGGCGGGGGCGGGGCGGGGGGCACAAUAAGCAAACCAAGGAACAGGAACCUGGAAUUUGGUGCACAUCUUGUGUCUUUGAAGCCGCCCAGGUUCAGAGAUAAGCCCGAUUGUAUGAAGCUGCGCUGUGGAACACAGGGAGAGCCUUGCAGCCGGAUCAAUCUAGCCCAGCAUUUUGCUUUUAAAGUGGCAGCCAUGUGCCCCAAGGAGAAACCCCUCAAGCACGAUGUAAGCUUAGCAGCCCUCUCUUAUGCCUCAGAAUGUCAGAAGAGGCCAUCUCGUCCAGCAUCCUCUUCAUGGCCAGGAAGAUGCCUCUUCUGGGAGGCCCCACAGGCAGGAUCUCUCCCUGCACUUUGGAUUCCCAGCAGCUGGGAUUUAGAGUCAUAUGACCUCUGAUCCCAGGUCCCUCUGAUCCAGCCAUCAUGACUAGUAGACCUUGGUAGCCUUAUUUUCCAUAAGUUUCUUUAAGUCCUCUUCUAAAAGCCUUACGUUUACUGUCUCCUCUCUUCUCUCUCCUUGCCUAGUCUGAGGUGCCCUAGAUGUUGGUCGCUUUCUGGCCUCACUCAAGCACAGUCAGAGGAACUGUAUCUGGCUCAGGCUGUAGCUGGGAUAUCCCCAUUCAGGUAUGUGCCAGAAAUAUGUACCAUGCAACGGACGGGCAAGAUAGUUCCUGGGGUUGUCAUGAGGGGGGCAAGAUGGUACAUCAAAGAGUGUUGAUCUGGCCUGGGUGCUAGGUUUGCAAGAGAGCUUCAGAAAUAUGAUUUGGAAAGAGCUGGCAUGGAUUAUAAAAUAAUAAUAAUAAUAAUAAUAAUAAUAAUAAUAAUAAUAAUAAUAAUAAUUUAUUAUUUAUACCCCACUCAUCUGGCUGGGUUUCCCCAGCCACUCUGGGCAGCUUCCAACAAAACACUAAAAUAGAAUAACCUAUUAAACAUUAAAAGCUUCUCUAAACAGGGCUGCCUUCAGAUGCCUUCUAAAAGUUUGGUAGUUAUUUUUCUCUUUGACAUCUGGUGGGAGGGCAUUGCACAGGGCAGGCACCACUACUGAGAAGGCCCUCUGCCUGGUUCCCUGUAACUUGGCUUCCCAUAGCGAGGGAACCACCAGAAGGCCCUCGGAGCUGGACCUCAGUGUCUGGGCAGAACGAUGGAGGUGGAGACGCUCCUUCAGGUAGCAUUGAUUAGCAUUGAUUCCAUUCCUGAUUUAUUUAUUUUUGGGGGGUGGGGAGGUGCUGUUGCAUGAACACUCCUCUUUUGCAGUCAGAAGCUUCUGUUUCUUGUUCCACCUUUCACUGACGGGCAGUGUCAAGUGCCACAUCCCAGUAGGGGGUUACUUAAGACUGGGGUUUCUUCCCACCAUGACGCACACACUCUGCUUUUCCAGACUCGGCCAUGGAAGCAGAAAAUGAAGUGGAGAGCAGCAGCGACGCUGCCCCUCGGCUGGGGCAGCAAGAGGAGCCCUCCGAGAGCGGCUUGGGCAUGGAGACCUCAGAGACCAUGUCUGCAGACAGCAGCGAUGCUGCCUCAGUGCCCGUCACCCUCUCGGAGGCAGAUGAAUCCGGGGUCGGCCAGAGCUCGGACAGUGGAGGGAUCUCUUUGGUACGGACCAAGUCUCUUUUGCCUCUUUGGGGCCAGGCUUUCUGCCAGGGUGGGGGACACAGCAGGUAGGCCCAUUUCACGAGAGCGGAAGAUAGCAAGUCUGACCUGGUGGAAGAAUAAGAGGCUAGUAGGAAGUCUCCUCUUGCUUUUCCUCAUGGAAUGAUAAACUUGCCUUUAUUUAUUUGUGUAGAGUUGGAAAGGGACCCUUAGGGUCAUCUAGUCCAACCCCCUUGCAAUGCAGGAAUUGCAACUAAAGAGUCUCUGACAGAUGGCCACCUAAAUUGUUCUUCACAUCCUCCUAUGAAGGAGCGUCCACCACGUUCCUCUCUCUGCCACCUCUGAGUCGAGUUCCAGCCUCUGUUUCUUCCCUCUCUCUGCCUCGCAGGCCGAAGUACCGGAGAGCAGCUCCAGCACGGACGCCUUGCCCAGGGCCUACCUGCCGGACUCCUCCUCCAUUGCGCAGUCCACCCUGGUGUCCAGCGUCUCCACCGUGAGCCAGUCUGUCCUGGUCUCCCAGUCUCCCCAGGGCCUCGUUCACUCCAGCGUCCUCGCGGAAGGAGCCCCCGUCGUCUCCAACUCCACGGCCUCCACCUCCUCGGAUCUGAGUGCCGCCAUUGACAAGAUCAUAGAGUCCACCAUUGGGCCAGACAUCAUUCAACGUGAGCAGGCAGAGGGCUGCGGGGGGGGGGAGUCCGUGGUGGGAGGGUGCAGAGGGAGUCGGGGGAAGCAAACGGACUCUGGAAGUCGCUUCUCACAGCCGUUUUUAGGAGGCACCCCCAAAUAUGCCAUUUGUGCAGGAGCUGACGCUGGUUCUCUUUGUUCCCUGGUUCAGGGUGCAUUGCUGUGACAAGUGAGGAGGAUGGUGGCGCCCAAACCACCCAGUACCUCAUCCUGCAGGGACCAGAUGAUGGUAAGGAAAGGGUCUUCUGCAUUCAUUUCUUUGCCUUUCUCUCCCACCCUUUUCUCCAAGUGGCUCAAGGUGGUGUACGUGAUUCUCCCUCUCCUCAUGUGAUCCCCACAACAACCCUGUGAGGUUGGCCAAGUGGGGGAUUCAAACCCUCUCCCAGGUCCUAGCCCGACACUCUUAACCACUACACCUCACUGGCUCCAGCUGGUUGUGGUCCACCUCCCUCGCUUCCUCCUCUCCGGCCGGGAGCAGAAGGGACUGCGGUGGCCUGAGGGCUCCCUCCUGGCCAGCCUAGAGAAGAGGGAGGGUGUUGGGAGGAGCUGUCCCUUGACCUGGCGCCUGCACUUGCUCCCUCUCCCGCAGGGGCCCCCGUGAUAUCCCACAUGGCCAGCUCUGCCCUGGCCCGCAGCUUGGCCGUGGAAGCCCUUGCGGACGGCCCCACCUCGACGUGCGUGGAGAACCCCGGGCCCCUGGAGCCGCUGGAGCAGCCGGAGGAGCCCGACCUGGAGAGCCUGGAGGAGCUGAUGGAGGUGGUCGUGGUGCAGCAGUUCAAAUGCAAGAUGUGUCAGCACAAGAGCGCCUCAAAGAGGGUCCUCAUCCAGCACAUGAGGGAGCGCCACUUCCAGCCAGGUGCGUCGGGCUCGGCCGGCGCUCGUCAAGCUCCAGGGGCGGAGUGGAGUUUUGGAGCAGUUCGUAUACUUAGACAGUUGGAAGGGACCCCGAGGGCAAGGCAGGAUUGGUGCACGAGGGCGUGGAGUCGGCUCUUGCGCAGGCUUGCCGAGAGAUCUCUGGCUCUGCACCAUGAAUCUAUCAGCUUCUCUAGUUUGUGUGCAAUCCCCUCCCGGGGGGGGGGGCUAGGGUUAGCAAUAGGAGAGGGAGGGGAAGUUCUGUGGCACAAAUAGGGCAGCAUAAGAACAUAAGAAGAGCUGACCGAAUCAGGGCCAACGGCCCAUCUAGUCCAGCAUCCUGUUUUCACAGUGGCCAAACAGAUGCCUCUUUCGGAAACCCACAGGCAGGAUUUGAGCACAGGAGUGUAACGAUCCCUGCUGUGCUUUCCAGCAACUGGCAUUCAGAAGCGCCUCUGCCUCUCACCCUGGAGACAGAGCAGAGCCAUCCUGGAUGGAGCCCUCGCUAGCCCUCUCCUUCUCCAUGAAUUUUAAGGCGCUGGUUUUGACCUUUAAAGCCCUAUGCGGCCUCAGACCCACGUACCUACGGGACCGCCUCUCCUGGUCUGCCCUGCGGAGGACCUUAAGGGCCACAAAUGACAACAUUUUGGAGGUUCCAAGUCGCAAGGUGGUUAGACUGGUCUCAACUAGGGCCAGGGCCUUUUCAGCACUGCCCCCGACUUGGUGGAACGCUCUGUCCCAAGAGACUAGGGCCCUGCGGGACUUGACAUCUUUCCUCAGGGCCUGCAAGACAGAGCUGUUCCACCUGGCCUUUGGUUUGGACUCAGUCUGACCCUUAUGUUUCCCUCCCCUUAUGGUUUCGAUCUAUGGGCUACUUUUAAAAUGAGGCUGCAUUUUAAACUGCAUUUUAACCUGUAUUUUAAAUUGGUUCUCCCCCCCCCCCCCGCUUAUGUUUUUACUGUAAUUUUUACUGUUGUUAGCCGCCCUGACUUUCUGUCAUCCAUCCAGAGUCUUCCAGCAUUCAGUACUAUUGGGCAUCCACAAGGUCCAGCAUCAUGAGAGAGGGGGGGGAAGACCUUUCUCUCUCCAAUUUCUCCAGACCAGGGAUCCUUUUCUAAACUCUGCUGCUUGCAAGUCAAGCUGCUGUACGAUGGGAGAGAUGGGAGGAGCACAGUAUAUGGACUGAAUCGUGCUGUUUCCUCCCCUCUAGCGUCAGCCCCCGGUGUGAAGAAAGGGCGCCCCCGGAAGGGGGCUCCUGUGCCCAAGGCCCCAGAAAACAGGAAGGCAGAAGAAGCAGAGGAGGAGGAGGAAGACGACAUUGUGGACGCAGGGGCUAUCGAUGACCCUGAAGGUAUUUCUCACGCAACCCCCCAGCUGCAGCCCCUCACCUGGCUCCCCCGCCCCGCUCACCUGGGCCUGCCUUUGCCACUCUUCCGCAGGGGACAGCGAUUACAACCCAGCGGAGGACGAGCCCCGAGGGCGCCUGCCCAAGACCAGCAGCCGCCCUGUGCCCACGUCCAGCGAGGAGCGGCUGCGCCGGCGGCCGGGACGGCCCCGCAAGUUCCCCUGCCUGGAGGUGGUCCCUCAGCCAGAGGGUAAGCAGCGGUGGCGGAGCAGGGAGAGGGUGCAGAAACGCACACAGAGGUGCGCUCUGAGGGGCAAGGUCAGCCCCACCUGCACAGCAUGGCGGAGUCUCUGUUUUCCAAGUCAUUGCCAAAUUUAGGGCCAAAGUGAAACACUUCCAGUUGCUGGCUGCAUAUCAGAAACGGAGGUUUUCAGCGCUGACUUCCCUCCUUCCUUCUUCUGGUUUAUUAUAUCACAUAUAAUUUUAUCGCUUAGGAGCAAGUAUAAAUGUAAAAUGCAACACAUUAUGUGUAUGUGGAGUAUGUAAUCAGAAAUCUAAUAAAGAUUAUUUGGAGGAAAAAAGAAAGAAAGAAACGGAGGUUUUCAGAUUCUCCAGGGGAUGCUUUGGCGCCCCGUUGGAGUUGGGUGGGACUACUCACAAGCAAAUAGGCGUUCUUACAAAUAAGUGUGUUUCACAGUAGGGCAGUUUCUUCUACUCAGCUGCUGGUAGAAGGUUGGCAGGGCUUGCUGCCUUUGAGGGAGCCUCACUCAGAUCCCCCUCUGCCCCCUCUGGGUCGAGUCGCCAGGGGAGCAAGGCAGUGGCACCAAGCAAAGACAUGGAGAGGGUCCCCUGGGGCAUCAGAGAACAAGUUUGCUCCAUCUCCCUGCCAGUUUGCAUUUCUUGGUGCAGAAAGUAUUGAUCUGAUGUGUGGAGAUCUUUCCUAUUCCAAUUAGUUCAAGAAGGUUCUGGAAGCUUUUCUUUGUGAAAGAAACAAGCAGAAGGGUCAUGGUGUUUGGGUUAUUCCUUCAGAGAAGCUGAGUACAGCUGAUGUAAACUGGUUAUCUCUUCUGUCAGGGUCUGCUGACUAUCGUAAUAAGGCCAGAAGGAGUCUAGGCUUCACUUUCUCUUUCUAUCUGUUUUCUUUCUGGUGUGCUGUUCUGUAUAGCAUGUAGCAUUAAAGCCUAGACUUGUAAGUUAUUGUAAGCUUAAGUUAAGUCUGCUGCAACUGGAUUUCUUACAGACAGGGCCAGUCCUGAAUGUAUUGGAUUUCUAACCAUUGUGCUCAUUUGCCUUCAGUAGCAGUAAAGCUCUGCUGGAUGAAAUAUUCAUUCCCUCUGGUCUAUUUUUUGGGAAUCCUGCAACGUGUUUAGGUUUUUCCUCUGCCAACUAUAUGUUGGAGCUCUGCUCUGGAUCAAUAGGAGCAGAAUUCAAUGACACUCCCGUAGGACAGCCCAUCACAUAUUUGAAGAUGGCUCCUUUGACACCUGUCAGUCUUCUCUUCUCCAGGCUGAACAGAUUUCUUCAUGCUAAAUAGUUCUCGUCCUGGUUUUUUAUGCUCUCUUUUCCUUCCCCUCCCCCAAUUCGCACAAUGGUGUUCCUGGAUUGGCUUUGCGCUUGCUGUGGCUUCAGGCCCCCUCCCCUUCCUCCCCCCCCCCAACCUAAGCUGACUGACUGUUUCCCUUGGGCAGGUGGCGACGCAGAGCCCGUGGUCUCAUCCCAGGGCCUCCCCCAGGGCGACCCCCAAGGCCCCGAGGCGGCCAGCUCCUCGGACCAAGUGCCUGUGGGGGGCGAAAGCCACGGGGAGCAGGCCGUGAGCCAGUCCGACUCCGAAAACAGGGACCCUUCCUCCUGCGAGAAGCUGGAAGCGCUCCCCCGCCGGCGCGGCCGUCCCUCCCACCGCUUCCUGGGCAAGAAAUACCGCAAGUACAUCGGGCGAAGGUGAUUGGUGGGGACGGCAGGCGGGGCGGGUUCCGUGGGCCCCCUUGGGGCUCCCUGCAAGAGACCCUGGGGCCUCUGUGGGGCUGGGCUCUCUGCGCUGAGCGCCCCUGUCAUGUCACGCUGCAGGUACUGCUACAAGUCGGCCAAGCCCUUGAUGCGUCCCUACCUGUGCCGGAUCUGCGGCUCCCGCUUCCUGACGCCCGAGGACCUGCGCUUCCACGUGAACUCGCACGAGGCAGGAGACCCCCAGCUCUUCCGCUGCCUGCAGUGCAGCUACCGCUCUCGGCGCUGGUCGUCCCUCAAGGUGAGCUGCUGGCCGCCUCCCUUCUCCCGUCUCCUCCAAGCAGGUGGGAGGAAGACCAGUAAAUGGAGAACAGGGGACGUUUAUGUAUUCAUUUCUUUUUCCCAUCUGCCUGUAAUAAAUAAUAAUAAUAAUAAUAAUAAUAAUAAUAAUAAUAAUAAUUUUUAUUUAUACCCCGCCCUCCCUGGCCAGAGCCAGGCUCAGGGCGGCUAACACCAGUAAAAUUACAGUAAAAACAUCAUAGGGAAAAAACCACACAAUUUAAAAUACAGGUUAAAUGCAAUUUAAAAUGCAGCCUUAUUUUAAAAAUAGCCCAUAGAUCAAGACCAUAAGGGGAAGGAAAACAUAAGGGUCAGACUAAGUCCAAACCAAAGGCCAGGCGGAACAGCUCUGUCUUGCAGGCCCUGCGGAAAGAUGUCAAGUCCCGCAGGGCCCUAGUUUCUUGGGACAGAGCGUUCCACCAAGUCGGGGGCAGUGCUGAAAAGGCCCUGGCCCUAGUUGAGACCAGUCUAACCACCCUGUGACUUGGGACCUCCUAAUGUUUGUUAUUUGUGGACCUUAAGGUCCUCUGCGGGGCAGACCAGGAGAGGCCGUAGGUACGAGGGUCCUAGGCCGCAUAGGGCUUGAAAGGUCAAAACCAGCACCUUAAACCUGACCCUGUACUCCAUCGGGAGCCAGUGCAGUUGGUAAAGCACUGUGUAAGUUUCUGAUCACUUCUGUCAAGCGAGCGUUAAGUUGCAGGUCCGCUGCAUACAAAAGAUCUAUUAAAACAUACCAACGAUCAGUUUGUACAAUCAAAACAUCACAGCGCAAGACCUUUUUUUAAAAGCAAUCUGGUCCCCAAAGCCAGUUGGAACAAGAAAGCCUCUGUCUGCCAGUGGGAGGACAGCAAGGAGGGAGUUCUCUAGGCGGGGAGUUCCAAAGUUGUUUGUCAGCAGCCAGCGCUGAGGAGGCCCUGUCCUGCAUCUCUCACAGACCUGCCUGAGAGGGAAUCAGGACGGAGAGAGGGGCCUGUGGGGAUUUGCUCCAGUGAGCAGAUGGAGAGAGGCCAAGGAGCCAGAACCACCCAAGGUUUAUUUUAUAAUUUUGGAAGAUUAGGAAGACGAUGGUGUGAGCUACUUCAUUUAGUCAUAGCCACCGUUGAAGUUGCAGCAUUUUCAGUUUCCUUUGAUGGAUUUGCACGUACAAUUGACUUUUUCUGCUGUUUUUUUCUAAAAGUAAUAAACAUAUUUUUAAAUAUAUAUAUAUUCAUCUGAGGUAGCAAAAUUUGAUACAGAACAAACAAUGAACUAUAAAAAUGGUUCUAACGUAACAGAUGAACUCCUUCACAUGGGGCUGCUCUGUGCUCUGUAUACCUUUACCUUUUUAUCUAUAUAAAAGAAAUGAAGUUAUUUGCAUGGGCCAUUUGAAAGUACAAUAAGAAAUCACAGGUCAAAAGCGAAAUAUUUAUUUCAUAAAAUCUGCUUUUAGUCUACUGCUGUUUUUAACUUCUCUAAAACUUUUGAGAAAUAUUGUUGUCAAUUUUUCUCAGUGAUAAUUUUGUUAGCAUUCUGCCCUUCAGCUGAAAAUCUCAGGGCUGCUCACGGCAUCAAAAUACAUUAUGAGAACAAUCAGGUGUAUAUAAACUUUCCAAAAUAAGCUAGAUGGAAGUGCCUGGCACUCUGCUCCUCCAGCCUCCGCCUUCCCCUUGCAGGAGCACAUGUUCAACCACGUGGGGAGCAAGCCCUACAAGUGCGAAGAGUGCGACUACACCAGUGUCUACAGGAAGGAUGUCAUCCGCCACUCGGCCGUCCACAAUCGUGACAAGUAGGUGUCCUCAGGGGCCCUGGCAGACCCAGGCGGGCAGCAGCGGUGUGGCAGCGGGGCCUCCCCUCCCAUGUCCAGGUCACUGAGUGGGUGGCUGCAUGUCAGGGGUUCUUCGGCUGACAUUCCUGCAUUGCAGGGCAUUGGGCUAGAUGUCCUCUGGGGGUCCCUUCCUACUCUAUGAUUUUGUGAUUUCUCAGUGGCCUCACCUGCUUCUUCUUCCCCUCCUUUUUUUUAUUAAAGAUUUCAACACAGUAAUUUAACAAAAAUACAUCAUCCACAUUGUUUCCCCCCCCCCCCAAUAGAACACCCCCGGACUUCCCUCAGUUCCUUUCUCUGGUUUCUCAACACAUAUUUCUGUUUGCAUGUUACAAAAUUGUAAAAAUCCUCAAAUUAUCUAUCUAUAUAUUGCAGUAAAGAGUUUGUGAAUGUUUAUUCAAAACCUGCCAAAGAGUCCAAUUCAUUUUGUUACUUCUUCAAAUAUUUCAUAAAAGGUUCCCAUUCAUCUUUGAAACCAGAGUUAGCCUUGUCAUGUAGUUUGUGUGUCAAUUUUGCCAGUUCCGCAUAGUCUAUUGGUUUUUCUUGCCACAGUUCUUUCGUCGGGGUUUCUUCGUUCUUCCAUCCUUGUGCUAUUAAGACUCUUGCCGCCGUUGUCGCGUACAUUAAAUUAUUUUUAAAUUUCUUUGGCAGGUCUUUUCCCACAAUCCCUUACAAGAAAGCUUCGGGCUCUUUCACAAAUGUUGAAUGGAACAUUUUCUUUAACUCACUGUAUAUCAUAUCCCAAAACAUUUUAAUUUUACUGCAAUCCCACCACAUAUGAUAAAAAGUCCCUUCUUUUUCCUUGCAUUUCCAACAUAGGUUUGAGCCAGUUUUAUACAUUUCCCCUAAUUGUACAGGUGUUAUGUACCACCUAUCCUUUGUUUUUGUUUUUAGGAAGAAGCGAGCUGAUCCGGUGAGUGUCCUCCUUCGCCUCCACCUGACUCCUGCGUGCGAAUCUUCCUUGGUUCCCCAAAGGGGCGUUCCUUGCUGUGUGUGCCCUCAUGGACAACCCUGCGAGGGAGGCUGCUUCGGCUUGGGAACCGAGAGGCUGUGACUUGGCAAAGCCACACACAGAGUCCAGAGCAGGAGGGGAGUUUCAGCCCCAGAAUAAGGGCCAGCUCUCUGGGCUGAGCAUAGCCGGCUGCUCCUCAUGGGGUGGGUUGGGGCGUCUCUGUCUCACCUGAGCCAGGCAGUUCUGACCAUACUUUAACCUCUCUCUGGGCAGCCCCCCAAGCGCAGUUCCUUCCCCUGCCCCGUCUGCAGCCGCGUCUACCCCAUGCAGAAGAGGCUCACGCAGCACAUGAAGACGCACAGCACCGAGAAGCCCCACAUGUGUGACAAGGUGAGUGUCGAAGCAGGGGGGGCCCUUCUCGCCUGAUGCAUUGUGCCUGGGCAUGGGGGGGCAGGUGGCGAGGUCUGCAGCUGCCGCCCGGCAGCAGCGGCAGAGGAAGCCGCUCAGGCGCCUGGGGUGGCGCGCCCAUAGGGGCAGGGAGCACCAUGGGGCCUCCGAGGAGUCUGCCUGCCUCCUCCCACUCAGCUGCCCUACAGCUGGGGGGGGGGAGGCAGCAGGGGGACCGUUUGGGGCAGCGCAGAGCCUGCGGGCGCCGAAACCACUGCGUCACUCCCAGGAGAGACGCGUGGCUCAAGCGUGCCGCAGGCCCUGCACUGAGUGCCCCCCGGCAUUUUGUCACCCCCCUCAGUGUUGACACCCGGGUUGGACCUGCUAGGAUAUAGUUCCAUUCCACCUUUAGAACAGGCAUGUGGAGUUGUUGCAUAUCACAUGUCUGUUUACUUCCGGCACAGUCGACUGGGAACUUCCGUUGUAUAUUGCUUUUGUCUAUACUGCUGUUUGCUUGGACACAAAGGGAAGCAGACGUGUUUUUCCUUUGUUCCUGAUGCUUAAUAAACGCCUGUAAAUAUGCUUGCAUAUGCCUCUGUCCGCCACUUCCGUUGUGAAGAGUUAUUCACUCUGCUGAUUAGAGCGUUCUCAGUCUCUGAAGGCUUCCGAGGCUCGAGUCGCUGAUAGAUGCUGUUCCGAGAACCGGAGUUCGCCCGGCUGCCGGCCGGUGGCUGGAGCCAGCUGGGGGCUUGCCAAUUGCCCCCAUUCCCCGGACGCAUCCCAACAGGACCGCCCCCACCGCACCCCCUUCCUCCGCCCCUGCCCUGUGUGACCUGAGCCCUUCCUCUCUCCUGCAGUGUGGGAAGUCCUUCAAGAAGCGCUACACCUUCAAAAUGCACCUGCUGACGCACAUCCAGCCUGUGGCCAACCGCCGGUGAGCACCUCCUGCAUUGCCCUUGCAGGGUGGGGGGAGGAAUAACGGGGAGCGACAGCUGUGCACAUAGGCCGCCACCCCCCGUAGGCCCACGGUGACGGCCAUCUCCUCCCCCUCCUCCCGGGCAGGUUCAAGUGCGAGUUCUGCGACCACGUCUGCGAGGACAAGAAGCUGCUCCUCAAGCACCAGCUGCUGCACAUCCACGACAAGCCCUACCGCUGCAGCCUCUGCCCUUACGCCACCGUCCGGGAGGACUUCCUCCUCUCCCACAUGGCCGUCAAGCACACAGGUGAGCAGCGCCAUCUCAUGUCACUGAUUACUCAAGUUCACAAGAGAGAAGCACAAGUACCGUAUUUUUUGCUCUAUAAGGCUCACUUUUUCCCUCCUAAAAAGUAAGGGGAAAUGUGUGUGCGUCUUAUGGAGCGAAUGCAGGCUGCGCAGCUAUCCCAGAAGCCAGAACAGCAAGAGGGAUUGCUGCUUUCACUGCGCAGCGAUCCCUCUUGCUGUUCUGGCUUCUGGGAUUCAGAAUAUUUUUUUUUUCUUGUUUUCCUCCUCCAAAAACUGGGUGCGUCUUGUGGUCUGGUGCAGCUUAUAGAGCAAAAAAUACAGUAAAUGGUUAAACCAGAAGCAACAAGGCAAUAACACAAAGACAUUUAAAAGGCUAUGGAAUAUGAAUCAGCCCAAGGCCUGGCUGAGGAGGAACAUUUUCACCGGGCGCCUACAGGUGUGCAAUGAAGGCACCAGGCGAACCUCCCUGGGGAGAGCAUCCCACAGACGGGGAGCCACCACAGAAAAGGCCUCCCCCUGGACUUCACUUGGAGAAGGCACACAAAGAAGGGCAGAGGCAUAUUUGGGGGGGCAGGACCAGUCCCCCCCCUUGGCUGGCAGAUGGCAGAGAGGACAUUGCAGGCAGAGGGCUGGCGCUCGCUCUCCCCUCUUCCUGGGAGGUUUCCAAGCAGAGGUUGGACGGCCGUCCUCCAGAGAUUUUUUGGCUGAGAUUCUCGCAUUGCCGGGGGUGGGACCCGUGGGCCCUCUGCAAUUCUGUGUUUAGGACUGUUCAACGGUUGUGAACAGUCCCACUGGGCUUUUUUAGAAUCUUGCCUCCUGCAAAAAGGAAGGGGGGCAGACUCUCUCCCCUCCCCCCCUUCCCCCCAGCCAGCCAGGCUCCAUCCUCACCCUUCUGCCGCUGUCUCCCCUGCAGGCGGGAAGCCCUUUGCCUGCGAGUUCUGCCACUUCACCACCAAGCACAAGAAGAACCUGCGCCUCCACAUCCAGUGCCGCCACGCGGAGAACUUUGGGGAGUGGGUGCAGCGGCACCCGGAGGAGCCCCCCUGCCGCCGCCGCCCCUUCUUCACCCUCCAGCAGAUCGAGGAGCUGAAGCAGCAGCACAGUCAGGGCCAGGCGGCCGCGGAGGCAGCGCCCGCCAGCUCCCCCGUGAGUGCCUGGGCAUCGCCCCCCCCCCAUUCCUGCUGCCCCGUCCUUCCCACCAGCUCUGAGCUGCCCUCUCCUCUUUCUCCCUCCAGCAGGUCACCUACCAGCCUGCCCAAGCCCCGCCUGCUUCAGAGCCCCCCAUCCUGACCCAGGAGCCGCUGGAGGCAGCCACCAUCAUCUACGAGCCAGGUAGGGCGGGGCCCGUCGAGUGCAGCGUCCUCUUCUCACAGGGGCCAGCCAGGUGCCCCACUGAGGAACCCACAAGCAGCAGCCCCCUCCCCUCCUGUGGUUUGCAACACCUGGGAUUCAGAAGCCGUUCUGCCUCUGCCUGUGAAGGCAGAUCAUUGCCAUGGUGGCUAGUAGUCAACAAUGGCCCUCUCCUCCUCCAUGAAUUUGCCCAGGCCUCUUUUAAAGCCGUCUAAGCUGGUGGCCAUCAGUUCCACAGUUCAACUGGGCCCUGCAUGAGGAAGGACUUUCCUUUUUCUUCCCACAUUUGGCUUCACUGGAUGUCCACAAGUUCCAGUGUCACGAGAGAGGGAGAGAAACUUUCCUCUAUCCACUCUUUCCAAGCCAUGCAAUAAUUUUAUAAACUUUUGCCAAGUUGCCAUUCCUUACUUGCCAUUCCCCAAAGCUAAAAGGUCCCAAAUCCUGCAAUGUUUCUUCAUAGGGGAGUCAGGUUUUAUUGGUCAACCAAAUACCAGUUACAGUGGUACCUCUGGAUGCGAACAGGAUCGGUUCCAUAGACCCGUUCGCAGCAUGAAAGGAACGUAAGACGCGACUGCGUCUGCGCAUGUGUGGGUCGCGUUUCGCCGCUACCUCACAUGCGCAUGACGUCAUUUUGAGCGUCUGCGCAUGCACGAGCAGCAAAACCCGGAAGUAACGCUCAACCUGAAGUUUAUUCAUCCCGAGGUAUGACCGUAUAGCCAAAAACAAACAUACAAAAACCAGACAGGUCUCAAAAACAUACAGCACAUAGGCGUCUCACUCCACCCCCCUUGCUAAUGUGGGUGGCCCUUUUCUGAAGGCGUGUCCUGGAGCAGCAGGAGGGGAGGGAGAGAGGGAGCGCAGAAGGGACCCUGAAGAGCUUUGAGCAGGUGGUCUCCAAUCGUAGUGUCGCCAUUCUGCCAGCGUCGGAGGACCCAGCUCCAAAAGAGCUUUUAAGGUCACUGCCUUCCUUGGAUGGAACUUGCAGGGUUUCAGCCAGCCUGCCUACAACCCCAUACAGUGGUACCUCGGUUCAAGAACAGUCCGGUUUAAGAACGAUUUGGUUUACAAACUCCGCAAAACUGAAAGUAGUGUCCCAGUUUGCAAACUUUACCUCGGUCUAAGAACGGAAGCCGAACGGUGGAAGGGCACCGGUGGCAGGAGCCUCAUUAGGGAAAGCGCACUUCGGUUCAAGAAUGGUUUUGGUUUAAGAACGGACUUCCAGAACGGAUUAAGUUUGUAAACCGAGGUACCACUGUACAGUCAUACCUCGGGAUAAAUACGCUUCAGGAUAAGUAUUUUCGGGUUGCGCUCUGCGGCGACCCGGAAGUAAUGGAGCGCAUUACCUCUGGGCUUCGCCGCUUGAGCAUGCGCAGACAGUCAAAAUGACUUCACCCACAUGCGCGGAAGCGGCGACACGCGCAGUCGCGUCUUACGUUCUGUUCAGGAUGCGAACUGGGGCUCUGGAACAGAUCCGGAUCGCAUCCCGAGGUACCACUGUAUUGUUGAAAUUGCGCAAGUUGCAAUCGUACUUUACUCUCAAGCAAGCCUUCCCUCCCUCCCUCCCUCCCUCCCUCCCUCGUGGCUGGUGAAGGGCGUGGAAAUGUCGGGAGCAGGAGCCCAGCUGACCUCCCUCUUGCUCCCCCCGCAGACGUAGAAGGCUCUGCUGAGCUGGCCACACAGACGGCGCUGGACCUCUUGCUGAACAUGAGCAGCCAGCGGGAACUGCCUGCCAGCAGCACCCUGGAGGUGAGGCCGGGGAGGCCCUCGCAAGCCCCAGCUCCCUGGUGGGCCCUUCCAGCUGUGCCAUGCCCUGACCCACGGCUGCUUUCUGCACCCCCUGCAGGUGGCUGUGGUGAAGGCCGACGGCUUCUCCAAGGUCUCCGAGCCCCAGGGGCAGCCGGAGGAAGAGGAGGAGGAGGCGCAGACCAAGGUGCUGACGCUGCACGUCACAGAGGAGGCAGCCCUGGAGGGCACCGAGAUCCAGCAAGUCACCAUCCCCUUCAGCAGCACCGCGGAGUACAGCAUCAUAGCCCCCAGCGAGGAGGAGGCCACCAGCACGCUCUACGGGUGAGAGCAGAGAAGCCGGCCGCCUCCUGGCAGAAGGGCUCUGGCCGCAGGGAGUCGAUAGCGAGAGGCAGCGUGGUGCAGUGCUUAGAGUGCCAGACUAGGACCUGGGAAACCAGGGUUUGAAUCCCCACUCAGACACAAAGCUCAUGUGCCAUCUGGCAACCCAGCCAGUUGGGCAGGGAAUAAUUAACAACAACAACAACAAUAAUGAUGUUUUGUUUAUUACUUGGACCAGUCUCAGCCUCACCUACCUCACAGGGUGGUUGUGGAGAUUAAAUGAGGGAGCUUUGAGCUUCUUGCAGGGAAGGUGAAGGAUAAAUAAAUUGGGGGAGGUAGAAGGUGGGGCUUGCACGGCCUUCUCAGACCAAGGCUCGCUUUGCAUUCCUACUGCCCCUGUGGCUUCAAGGUUUUCUCUGGAUCCACAUGAAUAAUAAUAAUAAUAAUAAUAAUUUAUUAUUUAUAGCCUGCCCAUCCGGCUGGGUUUCCCCAGCCACUCUGGGCAGCUCCCAAAAGAUUAACAACAGAAUAAAACAUCACACACAUUAAAAACUUCCCUUCAGAUGUCUUUUAAAAAUAGGAUAGCUUUUUAUUUCCUUGACAUCUGACGGGAGGGCCUUCCACAGGGCGGGCGCCACCACCGAGAAGGCCCUCUGCCUGGUUCCCCAUAGCUUUGCUUCUCGCAGUGAGGGAACCGCCAGAAGGCCCUCAGCACUGGACCUCAGUGUCCGGGCAGAACAAUGGGGGUGGAGACGCUCUUUCAGGUAUACAGGACCGAGGCUGUUUAGGGCUUUAUUUUUUACUUUUUUUUAAAUGAUAUUUAUUAAAAUUUCAGAAACAAAAAAUUACAUAGUUAAAGAGAAAAAAAAACAAGGGAAAAUAUAAAAAAGAGAAAAAACAUACACAAUACAAAGUAUAAAAAAUAAAAUAAAAAACACUUAAAAACAAAUUAAUCCUUCCGUAUCUUACAUUUCAUUUCCUUGCUUCCCUGACCUCCUCUCACCUCCCUUUUUUGUAUUCCAGUUCAAUUGGUUAAUUCAGCAAUUCCUUUCCCUCUUUGUUUUUGUCUUAGUCCUUUAACUUAGUAUAUUAUAGCUUUAGAUUCUCACCUAUUAACCAUCCAUUUUUACAUACACCUUUAUGACAUUGCUGCUAAAACCACUUAACUUCAUUCUGACUUCAUUCUAACAUUCAUUAAUUUUACAAUAUUUCUGUAAGUAGUCUUUAAAUUUCUUCCAAUCUUCUUCACCGACUCUUCUCCCUGGUCUCGGAUUCUGCCAGUCAUUUCCGCCAAUUCCACGUAGUCCAUCACCUUCAUCUGCCAUUCUUCCAGAGUGGGUAGAUCUUGUGUCUUCCAAUACUUUGCAAUAAGUAUUCUUGCUGCUGUUGUGGCAUACAUAAAGAAAGUUCUAUCCUUCUUUGACACCGAUUGGCCGACUAUGCCCAGGAGAAAGGCCUCUGGUUUCUUAGGGAAGGUAUAUUUAAAUACCUUUUUCAAUUCAUUAUAGAUCAUCUCCCAGAAAGCCUUAAUCCUUGGGCACGUCCACCAAAGGUGAAAGAAUGUACCUUCAGUUUCUUUACAUUUCCAACAUUUAUUAUCGGGCAAAUGAUAGAUUUUUGCAAGCUUGACUGGUGUCAUGUACCACCUGUAUAUCAUUUUCAUAAUAUUCUCUCUUAAGGCAUUGCAUGCCGUAAACUUCAUACCUGUGGUCCAUAACUGUUCCCAGUCAGCCAUCAUUAUGUUAUGUCCAACGUCUUGUGCCCAUUUAAUCAUAGCAGAUUUCACCGUUUCAUCCUGAGUAUUCCAUUUCAACAGCAAGUUAUACAUUCUUGACAAAUUCUUAGUUUUGUGUUCUAACAGUUCUGUUUCUAAUUUUGAUUUUUCCACCUGGAAGCCUAUUUUCUUGUCCAAAUUAUAUGCCUCCAUUAUCUGAUAAUAAUGAAGCCAAUCUCGCACUUUGUUUUUUAGUUUCUCAAAACUCUGCAGUUUCAAUCUGUCUCCCUCUUGUUCCAGAAUUUCCCAAUAUUUCGGCCAUUUGGCCUCCAUAUUGAGCUUUUUCUGUGCUUUCGCUUCCAUCGGUGACUGUUUAGGGCUUUAAAUGGCAGCACCAACACUUUGAAUUGGGCUCGGAAAUGUGCUGGGAGCCAAUGCAGAUCUCUCAGGAGCGUCCCUGCAGCCGCUCCCAGUCACCAGUCUAGCUGCUGCAUUCUGGAUUAAUUGCAGUUUCUGAGUCGCCUUCAAAGGUAGCCCCACAUAGAGCGCAUUGCAGUAGUCCAAGCAGGAGAUAACCAGAGCAUGCACCACUCUGGUGAGACAGUUCGCAGGCAGGAAGGGUCUCAUCCUGCAUCCCAGGUGGAGCUGGUAGACAGCUGCCCUGGACACAGAAUUGACCUGCGCCUCCAUGGACAGCUGUGAGUCCAGAAUGUCUCCCAGGCUGCGCACCUGCUCCUUCAGGGGCACAGUUUCCCCAUUCAGGACCAGGGAGUCCUCCACACCUGCCCGCCCCAUCCCCCCAAACAGUACUUCUGUCUUGUCGGGAUUCAACCUCAAUCUGUUAGCCGCCAUCCGUCCUCCAAAGGAUGAAAUUUGGGGUGAUUGAAAGGCCACCCUCACCACCCUGGACUCACCCUUCUGCCUCUCUAAGGGCCUGCAGGGUCAGGAAAGUGGCCCACCUGGGCCAGCAUCCUGUUCUGGCAGAGGCCAACCAGACACCCCCAGUGGGAAACCCACAGACAGGAUCCGAGCUCAAGUAGCAGCCCCCUCCUCUCCUGGGGCCUCCAGCAACUGGCCUUCCGAAGCAUCGGCCAUCAAUCGGCCUCUGCUCCUCCAUGAGUUUGUCCGAUGUCUCUUGGCAGGGAGGGGGAGAGUGCCAGCGAUGUCGUCCGGGCGGUGGUCAGAAGCUGCACCCUGAAGGAUGCCACAACUCCCAGCAGCACGCCAGAGAGCCAGCAGCACACCGUGGAGGUGAGGAGGAGGAGGAGGAGGAAGAAGGGGCCUGUCUGUCGCCCAGGGAGGAGGGAGGCCAGCCCAGCCCCGGGUCCAGGAAGUGCCGCUCUAACCAGCCUCCCUCCUGUUCCUGCAGAUGAGUGGGGAGCGGCCAGAGGCCCAGUGCAGCGUCCCGUGGCCUCUGGUCCAGUGCCUAGCCUGGCCGGCCCACAAGGCCGUUUCGCUGGCCCCCGCCGAUCAGGAACCGGCCCCCGGCAAGGGCAGGCCUCCCGCCAGGCAGGGGGCACCCAAGCAGGCCUCCGGCAACGACGCUUCCCCCAAGAAGCUGCCGGCAGCCCCGGCGGGCAAGGUGCCCUCAGCCAAGAAGUUCUCCUGCAAGAUCUGCAUGGCAACGUUUGCGGGCCGAGCGGAGAUGGAGAGCCACAAGCGUGCCCACGUCGGACCCAGCGCCUUCAAGUGCCCCGACUGCCCCUUCACGGCAGCUCUGUGGCCUGACGUCCGGGUAGGUGGAGGGGGGGUCCCUUGCAAACGGAGGUGAAGGGGGCAGGACAGCUGGGAGGUGCCCACAGCGCUGCGGCCAGAGGAGAGAGGCCUGGCACAACUGCCGCUCUCCCCGGGUGGCAACGGGGAGGCAGAAGGGCAGGCUGCAGUUGGAGAAGCCCCUGCGCCCCCAAGCUGAGAGGAGAGGGGAGUUGGGGUGUCCCUGGGUCAACCUUCAGUGACACCUUCCGCAAGAGAAGGUCUGAAGGUCCCCAUUCAGGGCCACUUAGCUCUGUGGGGGGGGGGGGUAUUAGACGAUUUGGGGAGGGCUCUGAUGGACUAUGCGGAAUUGGCGUGAUAAACUGCGUGACAAGGACAACUGUGACUUUAAAGAAGAAUGGGAACCUUUUACAAAGUACUUACAGAAACAACAAAAUGAACUGGACUACUUGGCAGGGUUUGAAUAAACCUUCACAAACCUUUUAUUGGUAACAUAGAGAUAGAUAAAUUAAGGAUCUUUACAAUUUUAUAAUAUGCAGAGAAUAACGUGCUGAAAAAUCAAAGGGAGGAGUCGAGGGAAGUCGGGGGGUGGGGGGAGGGUGGGAUUUUCUUUGGUGGGGUGGGGGGGAAUGAGGAUGAUGUGUUUUUGGUAAAUUGUUAUGUUGAAAUUCCUAAUAAAAAAUAUUUGGGGAGGGCUCUUUCCUGGGGGGAGAGAGGCUGGGCAAGUGGCUCAUCUGAAUUGUGGGAGUUGAUUUAGGGAGCUGCCCCAGGGGAGGGCGAGGAGGAGGGGCCCCCACGCCCUGACCUGGCUUCUCCCCCCCCCCAGACCCACAUGGAGCAGCACGCCAGCCUCCGGCCCCACAAGUGCCAGCACUGCAGCUUUGCCUCUAAGAACAAGAAGGACCUCCGGCGCCACACCCUGACGCACACCAACGAGAAGCCCUUCGCUUGCCACGUCUGCGGGCAGAGGUGGGCGAGGGCCGCUGCCGCCAGCAUGGGGGGGGGGCAUUUCCCUUCACAGCAGAGCCACCCUAGGGGAGCAGGGAGUCAGCUCCCCACCUCAGUCUCUCCACUCUUCUCUCCUCCGCAGGUUCAACCGCAACGGGCACCUGAAAUUCCACAUGCAGAGGCUGCACAGCGCAGAAGGGGGGAAGCCGGCGCCUGAACUGGCCCCCAGCGCCUCCCAGACCAUCAUCCUCAACAGCGACGACGAGGCCCUGGCCACGCUGCAGAGUGAGCAGAGCAGAGGCUCCGGCCCCCUUCCUCUCCCCGCUGCCCAUCGGCCACGGGGCGGGCAAAGGGCACGUCUCUGCUCCUCUGGAGAGCCCCAAAGGGGGGGAGGCAGAAGUGCAAAAUGGCGCUGUGCACGGCCAAGACCACUGGUUCCCCAAGCGGGGUUACCGAGAGGGGUGCUAAGGGGCAAGGGGGCAGCGGGGGGGCCACUGGAGGGCAGCCCUCCAAGCACAUCCAUCGCCUACAUAGGAUUGAGCAGGCCAGAGCCUUGACUAAAACACCUUCCCUGCUUCGUAUUUCAAGUUUUACUGCUCUUUUCACUUUCAAGUCUAUUUCCUUUGGUCACAAAUGGACACGUUUACAGUUCUGAGUUGUCAUAGGAUGGCCCAUAAUUGGCAACAGCUAUUGAUUUUCUAAUAAAUUAGUUAAUGUACCCCUGUGGUAGGUGAGUGAUUGCACCUGUUUGGCAAGCAGCUGCAUACGUAUUUCCUUCACCCUUACUUUGCCGUUAGUCAGAAUGCAUACAAAUAAUUUACAAUGCAAGUUUUUGGGGGUUUUUUGCCUUCGCACUCUUCUGAAUAGUGCUUUCCAGGGGGCACCGGGAGUGAGUUUGUGGAAUCAAGGGCACGGUGACCCCCAAAACGUUUGGGGAACUUGCAGCCUCUUGCAUGUGGGAGACCAUUUCUGCCCCUGUGAAGACGGCAGCGGUAUGCCUGCCAACCACACUCACCAGAGCGCGCGCUCUCUCUCUCUCUCCCUCCCACCCCAACAGCGACCCUGCAGUCCGGCCAGGCUGUCCUGGCUCCGGAGAGGCUCCAGCAGGCCCUGGGGCAGGAGCGCAUCCUCAUGACGCAGGAGCAGAGCGUCCCCAGCCAGGUGAGGGGGGCAAGCAGGCCAGAGCCCCGGGUCCUCUCCCUCCAGGCUUCUGCGGCCUGCAUCUCCUUCCCGUGUGAAUCUGGGGUGGGGCGGCAGUGGUGGGUCUUGGGGCCCAGAGCUGAACCCCCUUGCGUCUCUUCUCAGGAGGAUGCUGCCUACAUCCAGGAGAUCGUGACGACGGCAGACGGGCAGAUGGUGCAGCACCUGGUGACGGCAGAGAACCAGGUAGGGCAGUGGCAAGGGGGGGCUGGGGGGGCCGGAGCUGGCCUGGCAGGAACUGCCUCAGGGCAUUCUUCUUCACGCAGCGCACAGUUAAUUGUACGUUUCCAAGCACAAUUCAAAGUGUUGGUGCUGACCUUGAAAGCCCUAAAUGGCCUCAAAGGGCCAGUAGACCUAAAGGAGUGUCUCCACCUCCAUCGUUCUUCCCGGACACUGAGGUCCAGCUCCCAGGGCCUUCUGGUGGUUCCCUCCCUGCGAGAAGCCAAGUUACAGAGAACCAGGCAGAGGGCCUUCUCAGUAGUGGCGUCCGCCCUGUGGAAUGCCCUCCCACCAGAUGUCAAAGAGAAAAAUAACUACCAAACUUUUAGAAGACAUCUAAAGACAGCCCUGUUUAGGGAAGCUUUUAAUGUUUAAUAGGUUAUUGUAUUUUAGUGCUUUGUUGGAAGCCGCCCAGAGUGGCUGGGGAAACCCAGCCAGAUGGGCGGGGUAUAAAUAAUAAAUUAUUAUUAUUAUUAUUAUUAUUAUUAUUAUUACUCCUGCAGCACACAGUGACGGCCACCAGCCUUUGAAAGAGGCUUUUUCAUGAAGGAGAGCCAGCUGUGCCUCCACGGCCAGAGGCAGCAAUGCCUGUUUCUGGGCCCCCCAGGAGGAGAGAGGGCUCUUGGGCUCGCAUCCUGCUUGCAGUCGAAACAAAAUAAAAAAACACCUUCCAGUAGCACCUUAGAAACCAACUAAGUUUGUCAUUGUACGACCUUUUGUGUGCAUGCACACUUCUUCAGAUACGGUAUCGGAAGAAGUGUGGUAUCUGAAGAAGUGUGCAUGCACACGAAAGCUCAUACCAAGAGCAAACUUAGUUGGUCUCUAAGGUGCUACUGGAAGGAAUUUCUUUAUUUUGUUUCGACUACGGCAGACCAACACGGCUCCCUACUGGUAUCCUGUUUGCAGGUUUCCCUUUGGAGCGUCCUGUUGGCAUCAGCUGUGAGGAGAGGGUACUGGGUCAGGUGGGCCCCCCUUGGCCUGAUCCAGCACACUCUCCAGACUCCUCUUUCUAUGCCUUCCUGUUGCGUUCCAAAGGCAAAGGAAGGAUUGGACCCUGAUUAAUAAAAUAGGCACGAGGCUUGGCCAGCAAGACUCUGGGAGGAAGUGCCAAAAAUAAUCUGCCACACCCUGGCCCAGGUCCCUUUUAUUAACGAAAGAACUUUUGACACAGAGUUUGUAAGAACCCAUCAGGUUUCCUCUGAGCAUUUAAAAAAAACCCCACGUGGGACAAAGUUAGAUCAGAGAAAUCCUUUUAACUACAAAGAACUAAUUUGAGCACGCAUACGUAAAACAGGAACUAAGGAGGAAUGCAUUUAGCAAACGCCGGAGGUGAUAAACAGGCAGUAAACAGGGAAGGAAGGAAAUAUUUUCCAUCUCCUUGUGAACUCUCUUCCUGGCCCUUAAGAUCUACCUAAAGAUUAACAAUCUACAUCAAAAUUAUCUCCUAUCUUUAUGGCCCAGGAUGCCUGGUGAAGCAACCGGUCUGUGUUUUAGAAUGCUUAUACGUGCCUGUCAGGCAGAGAGAAAAUGGGCAGCAGAGAAAAUGGGCAGAGAUGGAGAGGCUUGUGGGAUUUGAUCAGAAAUUAUUGUCAGUGACUCAAGCCCAGUCAAGCAAUGCUUUCAUCGUGGACACAAUGGCUUGCUGCAUUUUUCAUGAUUCCUCAUCGCAGUCCCACCUGACCCCCACACCUUCCCUUCCAGGUCCAGUACAUCAUCACCCAGGAUGGCGUUCAGCACCUCCUGCCUCAGGAGUACGUGGUUCUGCCCGGGACGCAUCACAUCCAGGUGAGACCCGGGGCUGGAGCGGCAGGCAAGGGAGUGGUUGCCUCCUUCCUUCCUCUCCCUGCCCCCUGCUCACCAGAUCAACCCACCUUUCUCUAUCCCACCCCCCGCCUCUCCGUCUCGCUUUCCAGGUGCAGGACGGCCAGAUCACCCACAUCCAGUACGAGCAAAGCGGUCAGUUCAUGCAGGAGCCCCAGGUAGGAGGGAGGGGGCGUUUGGCAGGCCCUCUUCCCACUCCAUGUGUUUGUAGCAGGAGGGUUUGGUAGCUUAUGGGGCUGGGGUGUCUUUUUGGGGAGGGGCAAUGCCUCCCAGGGCUGCUGCCCACCCUGCCCGCUUCUUCCCCCGCAGAUCCAGUAUGUCCCUGUGUCGCCAGGACAGCAGCUCCUCACGCAAGCUCAGCUGGAGGCCGCGGCCCAUUCUGCAGUGACAGGUGAGUACAGAGCGGGGGGAAGGGGGGGCUGCACAUCCUCUGCCCGCGUCUCUCAAACGUGGGUCCCCUGCUGCUGUUAGACUACAACUCCCAUCAACCCAAGCUAGCAGGACCAGGGGUCAGGGACGAUGGGAGUUGUGGUCCACAUUAUCCGGAAAGGGCCAGCUUCGUUCAGUCAGCUCAUGGAGCAAGAAUGCAAAUGGCGCCUGUUUAGUUUGCACAAGUUGCAGAAUUUGGGCUGGGAGGGGGCACAUUCUGCCUCUUGCUCAGCUGCCCCCUCCUGCCCCUGGUUUAACUGACCCCCAACGCAGCUUCUUCUCUCUCUCUAGCGGUGGCUGAUGCUGCCAUGGCCCAAGCGCAGGGCCCGUUCAGCACAGACUGCGCCGCAGACCAGAUCCACGAGCUCCAGCCGGGGGUCCACUAUGACAUCAUCACGUUGGGAGACUAGCAAGGGGGACCUCGUCCUUCCCCUACCCCACCCCCCAAGCAUGGACCUCUGCUUCCUCUUGGCUCUACGGGGGAUGAGAGGGGGCCUGGCUGCGUUGGUGAGCAGGAUCAGCACCCUGUCUGGAUUGUGCCUUCGCGCCACGACCAGGAACGCUCAGUGUGCCCUUGCCUCUCGGAAGGAGCUGCUCCCUGGGGCCUGGCAGGCCCAGCUGCCCCCACCUGCCUGCCUGCCAGUGGCUGAACUUGAAGCUGUGGGCGCUUGAGCGCCAACUGUAGGCCUGUGGGGGGUGGGGGCGCCUUCCCCCCUGGUGUGGGGUGUUGCUUUGCUGGCCUUGACGGCGCCUCCCAAUAAAGGCACAGGACUGCCUGGAAGUGAGAUCUGUGUUGGCGCUGCCUCUUCCUCUUCCUCCUCCUCCUCCCCCCUCCGUCCUUUGUCUUUGCCACCUGCUCAGGUGACCUUGACUCUGGCCAGCCAUCACCCCCCCUUUCCCCCACCCCUGGAAUUAACCAACUGGUGAACAGGCUAAAUCCCGUGUAACUCUCCCUCCAGUACAACCGCUGUCUCCCUGAGCCCGUCGCUUGGCAGUUGUUUACAUGGGAUUAUAACAGCUAAUCUGGGGCUUUAAGGAGGGCCAUUUUGCAUUAUACUGAUUAUCUUCGGGGGGGCAGGGUGGUGACCCACCCAACUUCCGCAGGAGGACACAGGCAGCUUCUCGUUCUCUUGCAGGAGGGGUGAGCAGGCUGCCAGUCAGGGUAACAGACUGAGAAAGGUCCCCGUCUUCCUGCAAGCCCACAGCCUGGCCUCUCCUCACUGUGGACUGAAUGGGGAAAGGGGUUUCAGAUCAGGGAACCAAGGGGGCGGAGCGUGGCCCGUUUCGGGGGCAGGAAGCUGGACAAGGG